UCUGGCGCAGUAGCACUCAUGUUGCUCUCGGUGAAAAUUGCAUUUUGCUUUUAUAUAAUCUUUAAAGCACAGAUUUAACAACAGUUUGAAAUAAAAUAAAAGUAAUAGGCCUGAGAGGACUUGGAUGUGUACAUUUAAAGGACACUAGUAUUCUGGUUGACAGUGAAUAGGGCAAGGAUGAGAUAUCCAAAAGGGCUGGUCUCUGAAGUGGAUCAUGCCCCCUAGAUAGCAGAAUCUUCGCCCUGCUGGCUGUCAGCCCCUCCAGAUUGGAGAGGAUGCCUCCACGGAAGCGCACACGGCCCACCCUGGGCUUCCUGUGCUGCUUCAGCAGCAGUGAACCCCCUGAGAUCAACCUGAAAGACAGUGUACCGCUGCAGCUGCUGGAGUUCAGUGCCCCCAUGCCCCCAGAGGAAGAACUGCAUGCACGUUUCUCUGAAUUAGUGGAUGAACUGGAUCUCACAGACAAGAACAGGGAAGCCAUGUUUGCUUUGCCUGCUGAGAAGAAAUGGCAGAUCUACUGCAGCAAGAAGAAGGAACAAGAGGAUCCCAACAAGCUAGCUACCAGCUGGCCUGAUUACUAUAUAGACCGCAUCAAUUCCAUGGCAGCUAUGCAGACACUAUUUGCUUUUGAUGAAGAUGAAAUGGAGAUGAGAAACAAGGUGGUAGAGGAUCUAAAGACAGCCCUCCGGACUCAACCAAUGAGGUUUGUGACGCGCUUCAUCGAGUUGGAUGGCUUGACAUGUCUUCUGAACUUCCUGAAGAGCAUGGACUAUGAAACUUCAGAGAGCCGUAUACAUACAUCCAUCAUUGGCUGCAUAAAAGCCUUGAUGAACAAUUCCCAAGGCCGUGCCCAUGUACUGGCCCACCCACAGAGCAUCAACACUAUCUCCCAGAGCCUUCGCCAGGACAACAUUAAGACCAAAGUGGCUGUGUUGGAGAUCCUGGGCGCUGUUUGCUUGGUGCCCGAUGGGCAUAAGAAAGUACUACAGGCAAUGGUACACUACCAGAAGUAUGCUGCAGAGAGGACCCGCUUCCAGUCUCUUUUGAAUGAGCUGGACAGAAACACAGGACACUACAGGGAGGAAGUAAAUCUGAAGACAGCCAUCAUGUCAUUCAUAAACGCUGUGCUGAAUGCUGGGAUUGGAGAGGACAGUCUAGAGUUUCGCCUUCAUCUUAGGUAUGAGUUUCUAAUGUUAGGAAUUCAGCCACUCAUCGAGAAGCUGAGAGCACAUGAUAAUGCCACACUUGACAGACAUCUGGAUUUUUUUGAAAUAGUGCGGAAUGAGGAUGAGUUAGAACUGGCCAAACGCUUUGACAUUACACACGUAGACACCAAGAGUGCUGGCCAGAUGUUUGAGCUGAUCAAGAAGAAACUGUGCAACACAGAUGCUUACCCCCAUCUUCUAUCUAUCUUACAGCACUGCCUCCAAAUGCCAUAUAAACGUGGUGCAGGCAGUAUACAGCAAUGGCAACUUUUAGACCGCAUCCUCCAGCAAAUUGUUCUGCAAGAUGAAAAGGGAGAAAAUCCAGAUGUUUCACCCCUGGACAAUUUCAACGUUAAGAACAUCAUUAGAAUGCUUGUCAAUGAGAAUGAAGUCAAACAGUGGCAAGACCAAGCCGAGAAGUUCAGAAAAGAGCAUGUAGAUCUGAUGGCUCGGCUGGAAAGGAAAGCAAGGGAGUGUGACACCAAGACAGAAGAGAAGGAGGAUAUGAUGAAGACACUCAACAAGAUGAAGGACAAACUACAGAAAGAAGGAGUGGAGUUGCGCUCUGCCAGGGAGCAAGUAUUAGACCUGUCCUCGCGAAUUAGCGACAUUUCAAGUGGUGGAGUUCAUUUACCCAUUCCCCCUCCGCUUCCUGGGAGCCCAAUGGCUCUACCUCCACCACCUAUGAUGAUGGAUAGCUUCCAUCCUCCGCCUCCACCUAUUGCUUUCUCCAGCCCACCCCCACCUCCUCCUCCACCUCCCCCGGGGGGUCCUCCACUCCCACCUGGGGCCCCACCCAUCUUUUCUGGGGUUCCACCUCCAGCUGGACCUGCUUCCUUUAGCUCCACAACCAGCCUGCACACAAAGAGCAUCCCCCAACCUUCACAACCACUCAAAUCCUUUAACUGGUCCAAACUGGGAGAGAACAAGAUCACUGGUACCAUCUGGUAUGAGAUUGAUGACAGAAGGGCCUUUAAAGUUCUUGACUUAAAGGACAUUGAGAAGAUGUUUUCAGCUUACCAGAGGCAGCAAGAGCUGCUCUCUAACCAAUCCUUCAAGCAGAAAGAAACAGGAUCAAUGGAUGACCUUUAUCUGAGUUCACGCAAAGUCAAAGAGCUGUCUGUUAUUGAUGGACGGAGGGCCCAAAACUGUAUCAUCCUGCUUUCCAAGUUAAAAAUGAGCAAUGAAGAGAUAAAGAGAGCCAUUCUAGAGAUGGAUGAGAGGGAAGAGUUGGCAAAAGACAUGUUAGAGCAGCUGUUGAAGUUUAUUCCUGAGAAAAGUGAUAUUGACCUUCUGGAGGAACACAAACAUGAGCUUGAGCGUAUGGCCCGUGCUGACCGCUUCCUGUUUGAGAUGAGCAGAAUCGACCACUAUCAACGGAGGCUCCAGUCUCUUUUCUUCAAAAAGAAGUUUGCAGAGCGACUUGCAGAAAUAAAGCCAAAGGUUGAAGCUAUUUUGUGUGCGUCACGUGAGGUGAUGAGAAGUAAGUGCCUGACACAGGUUCUGGAAGUGGUUUUGGCAUUCGGGAACUUCAUGAACAAAGGACAGAGGGGCAACGCAUAUGGUUUCAAAGUGUCCAGCCUCAACAAGAUCAUUGACACCAAAUCAAGUAUAGACAGAAACAUCACCAUGUUGCAUUACCUGAUAAUGAUCUUUGAGAAAAAUUACCCUAAUAUCCUCAAUAUUCAACAAGACUUGGCCACUGUACCAGAAGCUGCCAAAGUCAAUCUGGCUGAGCUGGAGAAGGAAGUCUUCGCCAUUAGGAGCGGCCUGAAAGCUCUGGAGGCAGAGUUACGAUACCAGCAGAGCCGAGCAUCUGACCGGGGAGACAAGUUUGUCCCAGUGGUCAGUGACUUCAUCACCGUUGCUAGCUUCAGCUUCUCUGAACUUGAGGAACUACUCGCUGAAGCCAAAAAUAAGUUUUCUAAGUCUUUGAAGCAUUUUGGAGAGGAGGAAGGUUGCAUGCAACCGGAUGAGUUCUUUGGAAUCUUCGACAUCUUUCUGCAGUCGUUCAGCGAGGCCCGACAUGACCUGGAGAACAUGCAGCGACGCAAAGAGGAGGAAGAGAGGAGAAUGCGCAUGGAGGCCAUGCUAAAGGACCAGCGGGAACGAGAAAGAAGAGCAAAGAAAAACACCGGAGGCAGUGUGUCAGAGGAGGUGGGGGAGUUUGAUGAUCUCGUAUCAGCGCUUCGCUCAGGUGAAGUCUUCGACAAGGACUCUAAACUUAAACGCAACCGAAAGCGCUCUGUCAACCAACUGGUGGAUGGUGGGGAGCGUGAAAGACCAGUCACCAAGGUGAACUAUUGACCUAAGUGAAUACAAUCUAAAGGAGAUCGAGCUUUUUGUAUUCAGACUGACAGGGAACUCUCUUGAAAUGCCAUACACUGCCCGUUAAUUUCCCUUUUGCUCAGACCAGUAAUAACUGACAAGCUCAAAGAUAGACAGGCUCACUGUAAGAUAGUCUGUUUAUCUGCAGAUGUGAAGGAUGCCCUGCAAUCUCUCUCUACUUGUUUCUGCUUGUUCCUCCUUCUCGAUAUGUAGUCACUCAUACUGAUCCCUUAAUGUUUUUUUUUAUUUGUUUUUUAUUUGUGGUGAAAUGCACAACCUGAGUUC